GCGACCCGAAGAAGCUCCUGUCGGCUGGCAGCGGCACCGAUUUCUAAAUAAGGCUCACCAAGAACUGCAGCAAGAUGGUAUCUGUGCUUCAAAAUGUCAAGGCAGCAAUGUCCUGGAGGAAACACCAGCUCCUAGCUGACUUUGAUGACAAUGACAGUCCUGUACCAAACAAAUUCAAGAGAAGGCCUUCUUUGAAUUCUCUCAAUACCAUGCGUAUGUCUCUAAGGAAUCGAGUGCCAUUAAAGCAAGUAGACCAGAAUUUUCAUAAGACUACAACUUGUGAAAAUCUGGAAGCAAAACAGAAUGGCCAAACUCUUCAGCGUAUCAAAAGAAAAGCAAAAAAUGCUUUUGGAACAGUAUCCCAGAAAAUACAGAAGUCUUGCCAAAACCAAGUACAUUUGAUAGUGACACUUCCAGCUGAAUCAAUCAGCCCAAGUUGUGCAACCAGUUCUACCAAGAAAAGCAGCACUACACCUCAAACUCCUUGCCUUAAGAGUGUUACUCCAGCAACCAGUUAUAAAGGCACCCCAACAUCCAGCAAAAGAGCCUUGCUUGGCCCAACAAGGGUGUUGCAACAUAGAGAAUGGAGGGGUUUCUCAUCCUGCCUUCAUAAAGAUCCUGUCCCUCUUCGGAGAUCAAGAAGAGCAUCAGCAAUGAAGAGCUCUUAUUCAUCCCCUGCUCCUGCUAACAGAAAGAUAGAGUUUGAUUCUGAGUUGGAGCUGUUCUCCUCAGGGAUUUUCCUAGAAGCAUUUGAUGAAGCCAUUGUGCAAGAAGACAGGCAACACGCAGUAUCAAACUACUAUCUCAUGGCACAAAACUUACAGUCUGCGCGUCGAUCUCAAAAACUUUCUCGAAUUAUCAGAAGGCAAGCAAAGCAACUUCAUCAAGCACUUGGUACCUAGGCAGAGAUAGUUGUAACUGUUGUUAGUUUAUGAGCAUAUAUAAAGGGGAGCUCUGUGUAGCACCUGAGAGUGCACUCUAUACAUAAUAUAUAUAUAAUUAUGUGUAUGUAUAUAUGCCAUUACAUUUUAUAAUCUUGACAGAGUAGCUCAGGACUUUCCUUCCCUUGCCUUCUCUUAACAAGAGAAUCAAAAUUGCACUACAGUGCAUAAUCUCCCACUGAGAUAAGAGACCACCUUGAAUGACUUUUGUGAGGCAGUAAGUACUUUGAAACCUAUGUUGAACUGAUAAGUAGGAAUGGCCAGAGCAAGGGCCACAAAUAUAUGAAGGGCGGUCAUAGGUCAUAGUAGUAUUUAGACUAGUAUCCAGCUGACAUGAGUUUUAGUAUGAGUAUUUUGAAAGCCUAUCAAUUUUUUUUUCUCUGUAUACAAAGCAGAAGUUUAGCAUCAUGGUUAACUGGAAGUUAAUGAAACGGUAGUGGUUUGUUUGAAUUCUGACCAAAACUGCUAUUCCAAGACAAGUUGCUCACACCUCAAGAGCUGUCAUGUUAGGACUCAAAUUUAUGGCCUUAAAGACUGUAAUUAGAUUAGCCUAACUAAUGCUGUCUUAAGUAGUGGGGUUCCAAACAAAUCAGAACAACUUUGUCAUUUCUUGCUGCUGCUUUAAACAGCAUCUUGGCAGUCAAGGUAAGCCUCGCUUUUGUAGCAGAACAUGUAUUAUACACAGAAAUAGUUUACAACAAUUAAUUUAACC